UUGGCGACCCUUGUUUCAACAAGUGUCAAUUCUGUCAAAUUAAAGAGUUAUCAAAACAAAUGUUUACUCCUAGUUUAAGAAAUAGUUGUUGUGUGGUUGUUGUGUAUAAACAACGAAUUUAAAAUGGUGUACAUUCAUUUUCCUGCCAAUUUCACAGAAGAGGAGCUUAUGCUCCAAGCUAAAUACCAGAAACUGAAAAAAAAGAAAAAAGCCUUACAAGCUUUAAAAGCCCCGAAACCCGAACCAGAGAAACCUAUUACGCCUAAACGUCCAGCGGAAGCCCGAGAUGCUCGAGAAGUAGCAAAAAAACUCAUCAAAUCAGGUGCAAUUCCUGCUAUUUCAAAACAACAGAAACAACCAGAACAAGGAUUUAAACGACCACGAGGCCUUGAAAGGAAACUUAUUUCUGACAAAAUUGUGAGCGGAUAUCAACCAUUUUCUGCAGUACAAAUGGAUGACGGUCCCGACAAUCCAGAAAAUAAACCACCGCGAAUCAAGAAUUUGUAUGAUACUUUUGCCAAUGCCAGAGACAGGGAAGAAAGGGGUCUCACGGAGAAGCAGCGCGAAAAGCCUGAUAAACCUCGGCAAGGCAACACAAUUUAUGUUUCUGGAUAUAAAAUCACGGAAGAGUUUUUGAAAAAACAUUUCUCAACGAUUGGAAAUAUUGUGAAUAUUUCAAUGGAAAUUGAGAAAAAUCGAGGUUUCGUAACUUUUGAUAAAGUGGAAGCUGCAGAACGUGCAAUUGCAGAGAUGGAUGGCAGUAUGGUGUCAGGUAUUCAAUUAAAAGUAACUUUAGCUAGGCGUCAGCCUCAAAUAGAACCAAUAAAUGAUGCAUCUUCGUCAGCAGCAUGGGCAACCUUAGCGUCAAGUCAUUCCCAGAAAGGCAACCACAGGGACAAGCGAAACCUCGUAUCGUACGACGAUAUGUUUGACUGAUAUUAUUUCAGUGAGGUAAUAGUUUAUUAAGAAAAAAUAUAGCAAGUUUAUAGAAUGUUAAAGUUAUUAAUUUAUUGAAAAGAUAUUUGACAGUAAAGAAUUGAGUUCGCAAGU